AACGUGACCAGCGACGUCAGUGCACUACACCAUCUGCACUACACCACCACCAUGUCUGAACAGAUGCUAGAGCAGGUGCGCGAGGCGGUUGAGGGCCAGAUUGACUUUGAGGGCCAGCGGCUGGCGGAGAUGCUGACUACCGUGCUGCUCGGCGCAGCAGGUAUUAUCGCUUUCCUCGUCGGCUUCGCGCAGCAAGACAUCAAGCUCGCGCUCUACAUUGGCCUCGCCGGCACCGCCCUCACCUUCCUCGUCGUCGUCCCACCGUGGCCCUUCUACAACAAGAACCCCGAGGACUGGCUGCCCCCGCACACCAUCUCCGCACCGAGCUACAGCAUCGACGUGGACGGGCAGAAGGUUGGAUAGACGCAACAACAUCACGAGUGGAGGGGUCCGGCCAUGGAUCAAAGCAACGUCAUGACCGUAAUUUGAUGGUUCAUUCGAUGAUUCCCCCGCCGGUGAUGCAAAAGUGCUCUCGUGUUCUCGUGACCUCUUUAUAAGCCCAGUGACGCCAGACGUCCGUAACGAAACCCAGACCCAAGCGCUGCUAUACACAGUAUCCCCGAGCCUCUAUCGACCGUACUUCUGAAACUCCCAGUCUCGGUUGUCGAGC